UAUCGCUCCAGUGUUAAUGCAUCUUGCCGGAGCUCCACCAAAAUUUAGAAAUCCAUCUACUUUCUCAGUCAUUCACUUCACUCUAGGCCUACUUCACUCACUUGAUCUACCCGUAAACUCACUUAGAUAUUUCAUAAAAACCAGCGUCACAUACAGGUUUUAUUAAGUCACCAUGCUGCUCUUCUGUCCGCAGUGCUCAAACAUCCUAACGGUGUCCAUGUCGGCGGAGGCCGGGCGCAACCGUCUCGAGUGUCGCACAUGCCCGUACCAGCAUCUCAUAGAAGAGAACAUGUACUCGCGACGAUAUUUCAAGCGGAAGGAACGCGAAGACGUCUUCGGCGGCGCCGGGGCCUGGGACAACGCGGACAAGACGCCCGUCCAGUGCAACAACUCCUCCUGCAGCGGUAAGGAGGCUGCCUUCUACCAGAUCCAGAUCCGCAGUGCCGACGAGCCUAUGACUAGUUUCUUCAAGUGCAUGACGUGCGGCCAUAGAUGGAGGGAAAACUAGAUACCUGUAUAUGUAACAGGAGGGUCUGUGUCGGUAACUCUACUGCCUGGCGUUUUGGAAGGCUCUCGACGGCGUUACGAAGGGUCCUGGAGUUCUUGGUCUUGAGUUUUUAAUGUAGAUGGCCUAGUGUCGAGAUGUCCGUCCAGGAAUCAUGAUACCCGAUACCCA